AUGAGCUAUGAAGCAGGUGCAAACAUAACAUCCAAGCAGGGAUCUACCCCGGCAAUUUCCUUUGUGUCUGGGUCAUUUGCUGGCGGUGUAGAGUGUCUCGUCACAUAUCCAUUUGAGUUUGCAAAGACAAGCAUGCAACUACAAAACACUCAUAUCGCAAGCAGCCCUUUAGUUGUUCUAAGGCAAUUGAUUCGCACGCAAGGAGUCGCUGCAUUGUACACAGGAUGCAGUUCACUGGUGUUGGGUACCAUGUUGAAGUGUGGAGUGCGCUUUUUCUUCUUCGAAAACAUAAAGCUACAGCUCACAAAUGUGGUGCCCAGUGAUUCGGUUCUCAUGCAUAACGUUUUGGCCGGCAUGGGAGCCGGUGCCGCCGAGAGCCUGCUGGCCGUUACACCGAGCGAGCGCAUUAAGACGGUAUUGAUUGACGAUGCAAAAACGGGCAAGAAGCAAUUGAGAGGCGGUCUGCAUGCGGUGCAAGUAAUAUUCCGUGAGCAAGGGAUCAAGGGACUGUUUAACGGUCUGUUACCAACAACUCUAAAACAGUCGAUGACCUCGGCUGCGCGAAUGGGUAGCUACAGCACACUCAAGCACAUAGGCCGAAAGUAUGGCGUGGAGAACAACUCGUUGACGACUUUUGCCAUGGGUGCAGCUGCUGGUACGUUUACGGUUUAUGCAACUCAACCAUUUGACUCCAUUAAGACGCGGUCACAAGCACUGAAAAGCUCGGGGACGAUCGCCGCUGCUCGGAGUAUCAUCAAUGACUAUGGAUUCAGGGGACUGUGGCGCGGUAGUACAAUGAGACUUGGACGCCUUCUUCUGAGCGGUGGAAUAGUAUUUACUGUAUAUGAAAAUACUCGCGAAAUGAUCGAGGCUGCUCUACAUUAA